AUGACUCGCUGUCUUAAUUGUAUCAUACUAAAAAAAAAGUACUCCAUAUACGACAGCAUAAAAACUACGGUCACGUACCAACAAACAGUAAACACCAUCAUCUCUUAUGACGAAAGCCCCAAAAAUGAACGGUUCACAGGGACGAGUCAGCUGUCUCAUAAGCUAAAAACUACGUAUAAAGCGUCAACGAGUAAAAUCGUGUCAAGUUUUAAGACAGGCACUAGUGGAUCAAGUUCAAUGUGUCAGAUCAUUAGAGCAUUUCGUGGACAUAGAGAUGGGGUAUGGGAAGUGUGUGCAUCUAAAUCGGGUCAACCCGUGCUUGGUACAGCCUCUGCAGAUAGAACAGCUCGGUUAUGGCACAUAGCAACUGGUGCAUGUGUAUUACAAUAUCUGGGUCAUUCCGGCUCUGUCAAUUCCAUUAGAUUUCACCCAAAUGAGUAUUUGGCUGUGACAG